UGCGUGCUAUGACGUUUACAUAGAAGGGGCGUGAAUCCGAUGCUUUUCUUUCGUCAAUGACUUUGCAUUGUCUGGGCGUUUUGUAUGCCUGCACCCUUUUUCCCUUCUUUUUUUUAUCUCUUUUUUUUGUGUUUGGACCCUGCGCCCCUUCUCAAGUUGUCUACGUUAGAUUUUGAAUUGGAUUCUAUCUAUCAAUGUACAUCAUCCUUAUGGCUACAUUGCUCGAUUUUAUUGCAAUUUUCGUCCUGUUCUACUGCCCUAGCAUCCAAUACCAGCGAUUAGUCAAUAUAUAGGCUGUUUUAGUACUGUUUAUGCUACAUGAAGAUGUCUCGUGGUUCCAAAAUGUAUAAAUGAUUAAUUACAUACAAUUAUUACCGUAC